AGACGGCAACUCUGAUGGUAACUGCGAAAGCGGCAAUCAACGAACCAACACACCAAAAAUAUAAAUUCAGUUUUGUCGUGUAGUGUGAGAUUGUUGUGUACUUUUAUAGUGAUACGUGAAAAAUGUUAAAUCUUAUAUUUCAAUAAAAAUGGAUGCAGAAAUGAACACGCUGAUCAAAUACCCUUAUAAUGGAAUCCAAUGUAGCAGAAAUCCAACAAUUAAGUGCCGUCGCGUGUAAACAACAACAACAAAAAUAGCAAACAAUCAUCAGGCAUUUGAAACAAGCAAUAAGCACCCGCCUCCUCUUAGGUGAAAGAUAGAUUGGUCAUUUGUUUUAAACAGAUACUAUAUUUUGAGAAUAGGUUUUGGUUAAAAAAAAAGUAUAUACAUACAUAUAUAUACAUAGAAAUAUACAUAAACAUUUAUGUAGUGUUCAUUGGUAAGUUUCUUUCUUACCAAUGUUUUCCCUCGUUCAAAUGAAAUUCCGUGCUUUACUGGUACUACUAUCAAAAAUAUGGACGUGCAUAUGUUUUAUGUUCAAUCGUCAAGUAAGAGCAUUUGUCCAGUAUCAACCUGUCAAAUAUGAACUAUUUCCACUGUCCCCUGUGUCGCGACACCGCCUCAGCAUUGUACAACGGAAGACUUUGGUUUUGGAUUUGGAUGAAACAUUAAUACAUUCGCAUCACAAUGCUAUGCCCAGGAAUAUUGUUAAACCCGGAACACCUCAUGAUUUUACAGUCAAAGUAACAAUAGAUAGACAUCCGGUGAGAUUUUUUGUACAUAAAAGACCACAUGUCGAUUUCUUCCUAGACGUGGUUUCGCAAUGGUAUGACUUGGUGGUUUUCACAGCCAGUAUGGAGAUUUAUGGCGCUGCUGUUGCUGACAAAUUAGACAAUGGCCGUAAUAUAUUGAGACGGCGCUAUUAUCGACAACAUUGCACACCAGAUUAUGGUUCAUAUACCAAAGAUUUAUCAGCUAUUUGUAAUGACUUAAAUAGAAUAUUCAUAAUUGACAACUCGCCAGCUGCAUAUCGUUGUUUUCCUCAUAAUGCUAUACCCAUAAAAAGUUGGUUUUCCGACCCAAUGGAUAUUUCAUUAUUGUCGUUACUUCCAAUGUUGGAUGCUUUAAGGUUUACAAAUGAUGUCCGUUCAGUUUUGUCGAGAAAUUUACAUCUGCAUGGCCUAUGGUAGCAGGUUAACAAAUUAAAAAUUUGGUGCUGUGACACUUGAACGAAUUUUUGUUUGUUUCAUUAAUUUAAAUUAAUUUUUUCUAUUAUAUAAGAAAUUACUAAAAAUCAUGUGAAGAUAAAACAGAUUUGUUAAUGGCAAGACAUAUUACAUUAAAUAAAUAAAAAACAAUUUCUUGACUUG